GUUGAAAAAGUACAUGAGUCCAAAGUAGAAAGUUCUUGUCACGACUCUACAAAUAGACCACAAAUCAGAGUUUCAUCAACUACUUCAAACCUUGAGCUCUCUCUUCUCUCUCUCUCGAACCAAAACUCCCAGAAAACAAUGGAAGAGACAGCACUGACAAAAGAUCAGAUCACUGAGUUCAAAGAGGCCUUUUGUCUCUUCGACAAAGACGGCGACGGUUGUAUAACGGUGGAAGAGCUUGCAACAGUGAUCCGUUCGUUGGAUCAGAAUCCGACAGAACAAGAACUUCAAGAUAUCAUCAAUGAGAUCGACUCUGAUGGUAACGGUACCAUUGAAUUUGCUGAGUUUCUCAACCUCAUGGCCAAGAAACUUCAGGAAAGUGAUGCAGAGGAAGAGUUGAAAGAAGCUUUCAAAGUCUUUGACAAAGACCAAAAUGGUUACAUCUCUGCCAGUGAGUUAAGUCAUGUAAUGAUAAAUCUAGGGGAAAAGCUUACAGACGAAGAAGUUGAACAAAUGAUAAAGGAGGCAGAUUUGGAUGGUGAUGGCCAAGUCAAUUAUGAUGAAUUUGUGAAGAUGAUGAUCAACAUUGGC